AUGGAAGCAAUUGUUAGCUAUACUGAAGGAGCUGACAAUUACACGUUUUAUCAAGUAGCCAAAAGGAUGCGACAAAUAAGAAAAUUGGUACUCCCUCCAACAUUUUAUUACAAUAAUAAACAUUUCACUAUGUCGUUUCAAAAAAGAUUUUAUCAAGGCCCACUCAUAGUUGAUGGUUCAUUUGUCGGUGUACUGUUCUCCAAUAAACACUAUAUUGAUUCGAUUACAAACGAAUUACAGAAUAUUACAAUAUCUGGGUGUGACGAAACAUUUAAGACGGUUCCCAAAACAUUAGAUGACGACUGUUAUAAAUUGUUUAUGUUUCAAGUGAUACAUAGAAAUGUUAGUUUUCCAGUGGUAUAUGCAAUAUUUACCGGUAAAACGGAAGAAAUAUAUGUAGGGUUAUUCAAAUAUGUCUGUUUUAUGGUUCAUUAA